CAUAUUCCCACUAGCUUUUUCAGUAGUUGAUUCUGAAAAUGAUGCAUCAUGGCAAUACUUCAUGGAAAAGCUCAAAGAAUCAUAUGGGGAGCGUGAAGACCAAUGCAUAAUUUCUGACAGACACGAAAGUAUAGCAAAAGCAAUGAAAUCAGUAUUCCCUAACUUGAUGCAUGGGGUAUGUUGCUUCCAUUUGUUCCAAAAUAUAAAAACAAGAUUCAGAAAAGGAGGAGAUGAUCUAAGAGAUGCAUUCUACUGUGCAGCAAAAGCAUACCAUCAAACUGACUUCGACGAUUCCAUGAGGGACUUAGACAACAUUGAUAGUAGAAUUCGUCCUUACCUGACAAAUGAAGUUGGCCUAGAAAAAUGGACAAGGCUUUACAGCCCAAAUAAACGCUACUCAACAUUAACCUCCAACAUCGCCGAGUCUGUGAACUCAGCAUUGAAAGAAAUCAGAGAGCUACCGAUUGGAACACUGCUCGAAUGUCUACGUUGCUUGGUUCAAAAAUGGUCAUGGGAAAACAAAAAUAGAGCUUUGUCCACAUUCACAACAUUAGCAAAAGUACCAGAAAAGAUACUAAAGGAUAAACUGGAACGCAGUAAGAAACUAAAGGUGCAAACAUCCAAUCUUGUCAUAUAAACAGUAAAAGAAUUGCAAAACUCCUAUAUUGUGGAUAUCCAAAACAGAACAUGCACGUGUCAACGAUUUCAGUAUGAUGA